AUGGAUUUAUUAAAAGACCCAAAAGGGGAUAGAUAAGUAAAUACGAUACCCACUCCACCUCAUAGACCAUUAAGUGAAGAGUUACUGUUUAUAGAUGAGAAACCUAACUGGAAAUUAUUGAAAGAACACCUUUUCAAGGAAGGAAGGAUAACAAAAAGCUAGUUAAUGAAAUUAGUUGAUAUGUGCAAUUAUCAUUUAAAAAAUGAAGGUAAUGUAAUUUAUGUUGAUGAUCCACUUACUGUAGUGGGAGAUAUUCAUGGAUAAUACUAUGAUUUAAUGAAAGUAUUAGAGAUGGGAGGUGAUCCAGAAUAAGGAAAAUAUGUAUGAUUAUUUGUGUAUUUACAUGUUUUUUUAGGUGAUUAUGUUGACAGAGGUUCCUUUUCAAUAGAAGUAGUAGUGUUAUUGUAUGCUAUGAAAAUCUAUUAUCCAACAAGAGUGUUUCUUCUUAGAGGAAAUCAUGAAUGCAAAUAAUUAACAAGCUACUUCAAUUUUAGAGAUGAAUGCCUAUACAAAUAUGAUUAAGAAGUCUAUGAAGCUAUCAUGGCAUCAUUUGACAAUAUGCCUUUAGUGGCCUUAAUAAAUAAUAAAUUCUUAUGUUUACAUGGUGGAAUAUCUCCAGAUUUAAAAUCCGUAUGAAUAGAAUAAUAUGCAAUUAGUUAGCAGAUGUUGAAAGAAUAGAUAGAUUUAGAGAACCACCAAAAGCAGGAUUAUUUUGUGAUAUUUUAUGGGCUGAUCCAGUUGAAAAUGAGGAUCUUUAUGAUGAAAUUCAUUAUAGAGGUAAUGAUACAAGAGGUUGCAGUUGGUUUUUUGGAGAAAAGGCAGUUCAACCAUUUUUAGACAAUAAUAAAUUCAUAUGUUUAAUUAGAGCUCAUGAAGCUUAAUUAGAAGGUUAUAGAUUGUAUAAAUACAAUGAAAAAAUAAAAGAGUUUCCUUAAGUAUUGACUAUAUUUAGUGCUCCUAAUUAUUGCGAUGUUUAUAAUAAUAAGGCAGCCAUAUUAAAAUUUGAAAAUUGCACACUUAAUAUAUCUUAAUUUGGUUAUUCUUAACAUCCAUAUUUACUACCUCACUUUUUAGAUAUUUUUUCAUGGUCAAUACCAUUUGUAACAGAAAAAGUAACUGAGAUGCUUAAUUAUGUCUUAUAACCAAGACCUGGUGAAAAAAUAGAAGAUUCAGAGGAUGAGAUACCAAUUACUAAAGUUAUAACCGGAUAAUAAAAUAUGGGAUAAUCCUAAUCUAAUAGUCGUCCCUCAGGAAAAUUACAACAAAUUACUAAAAAAUAAAUUGAUAUAACCAAAUCAAAAAUCUCUUUUGUUUCCAAAAUGAUGAAAAUGCAAACUGUACUCAGAUAGGAAAGAGAAAAUAUCAUAAAAUUAAAAGGAUUAUGUCCUGAUAAACGUAUUCCAAGAGGAGUAUUAUUACAAGGAGCUGAAGGAAUCAAGGAUGCCCUUGAACAUUUCAACACAACAAGGGCUGCAGAUAGAAUCAAUGAGAAAUGGCCAGAAACUAAAUGA